CUGCCAGGGGACUGGAAGUAUCUGCCCCACUUGCCGGAAGCCAGUUGCGGAUGACUAACGCCUGUCCUUGGUCCCGCGAUCUGCAACUGUGUCCUCGCGAUACUAGUUCCCCCGAAAUGGCCGCCAUGAGUCAAGGAAACUUUGAUGGAAAAUUUGAGGCCCUGGAUCUUGCAGAAUUUACUAAAAAACAACCAUGGUGGCGUAAGCUGUUUGGGCAGGAAUCUGGGCCAUCAGCUGAAAAGUAUAGUGUAGCAACCCAGCUGUUAAUUGGAGGUGUUACUGGAUGGUGCACUGGUUUCGUAUUCCAGAAAGUUGGAAAAUUGGCUGCAACAGCUGUAGGAGGUGGAUUCUUUCUACUUCAGCUGGCAAACCAUACUGGGUAUAUCAAAGUUGACUGGCAACGAGUAGAGAAAGACAUGAAAAAAGCCAAAGAGCAGUUGAAGAUUCGUAAGAAUAACCAAAUACCAACUGAGGUCAAGAGCAAAGCUGAGGAGGUUGUGUCAUUUGUAAAGAAGAAUGUUCUAGUAACUGGAGGAUUUUUUGGAGGCUUUUUGCUUGGCAUGGCAUCAUAAGAAAUACAACUUUACUCCAUUGUUUUUUAUUUCUUCUUUUUUCUUGCCAGCACCUUCUGCACUUAAACGUAGGACAAUCAGCACUCCUCUUGCUCCUCUUGUCCUGUACCUUUCUCCCUGUUGUGGCAAAUCUGAAUGGCUUCCAUAGGCUUCUCCUGGUACAAAGUUAAUACAGGCCUUCUUAUAAGUUUGACAUGUUGGAAAAGACAAUAGAUGUUGACUCUCCCCGUAUAUGCCUCAUGACUUGAUCAACGAGUAGCUUAGUAAAAAUGUUUCCUUUUGAGAAAAAGACAAGAUAUUCUGAGUAAAUUGGGAGCACUGGGGUCAUGGCAGAGGGUAAAAGGGAAAGAAGGGAGGUAUGGAGGAGGGUAGAGAAAAAUGUAUAAUGCAGUAAAAACAAUAAAAAAGUGAAAAAGAAAAGAAAAAUAUUCCCUUCUGCUAUGUAAGAUCCUUUUCCAAACUUGGUUUGGGAAAGCAGCAUAUACUUACCUUAGUAUAUACAUGGAAAGGAAUGAAUACAGUUGCCUUUAAGCAUGAAAGAUCUUGAUAUCUUGGUGUGUGUUUUCUUUUUUAGUUGACUUUAGAUUAUAGAAAGAGAGGUACUUAUACAUGCUAUAAUUAUCCUGCCAAUAUAAUAGUAUAAGUACUAUGACUAAAAAGAUUGACUAUGAAAUGAACUUCUGCUAAAGAUGUAUGAAGUGAUGUAGGUAUUGGACUUGGUAGGUGGAUCUUUAUGGAAACCAACUGCUAGAAAUUCAUUGUUGGAUAGUCAGAUGAGUCAUUUGUAGGUUUUAAAAUCCAGUCCAGAAAUGUUUUCCACCAUUACCACAUACUGCAUCUCAUGGCUGUUUUCAAGUAAUUUAUGUGGGAUAAAGAAGAAACUGUUAGAUGUGUAUUUCAUAGAAAAUUUUCUGUGGUUUGAAAUUUUGUCAAAGUAUUAGGGGUAGCAGUAUUCUUCUAUAGAAGUACUGUUUCUUUAUUCAGUUAGUAUGAAAUAUAACAUAUAAGCCAGAAUUUUAAAGAGAUGUUCCACACAUUCAGAAUUUAGAAAGACAAUGAUACCAUAUGUGAAAUAAAUUGUUUCCAUCAAAUGCAAUCUCUAUCAGAAUUAUUCUUUAAAAUAAAAGUCUGUGUGCACUUCA